AUGAUCGAUACCUGGCAUGCGCGAAGCCGACACCCGGCGCGGUCCAUACUCCCUGCCCGUCCGGCCCGCGAUGCGCCUGCACGCCGAUCAUCGCGCGCAGCCGUGGGCGGGAUCGACUGGCUUGGCGUGGCGGGAUGGAAAGGCCGGCGAUACCGCACAUGCUGGGUCAGCGCUGCCCGGUCAGUCGGUCGGCGCGAAACGAUCGAUCGGCCCCAGCGCCCGGACGAACGCCUCGAUCGCCUGCGGAUCCAGCGGGCCUUCAUCGUCUCGAUCUUCACCUGCCGCAUACUGGGCGCGUCAGGCUAUCGCCGAUCCGGUACGUGUCGCAACAUCGCGCUUUGCAUCGACUGGCCGAGCGGCCCGGUCGUGAUCAUCCGCAUGGCGCUUCCCCCGCGAUGGGCGCCAGAUCGGCGACGCGGAUCCAGCGAUCAUCUUCCUGCAACACGCCCGUCCCGAACGCGCCCAGCUUGCCUCCCUCGCGCUGGCGCGAGAAGACGGCGACCGCCAGAUCGACCUGAUGCCCCUGCCCGUCCGUGUAGGUGCGCUGCAUCACCGCAUCGGCGCCGGGAUAUGCGGCGCCCAAUCGCUGCGCUGCUGCGCCGGGGUCCAGCCGGGCACGUCGGGCAGCGCCAUCUGCGCGGGCAGCAACGCCGCGCGGCUGCCGGCAUAGCUGCUCCAGCUCGGGAAGACGGCGGUGAUCGCCUUAGCGCCAGUACCGCUGUCAGCAGCGGGUCGAUCCGGCGUUUGGGCGUGGGCCGACAGUCUGCCGGGAUCGAAGGCGGAUCAUCGGGGGAACGAUCGAAAAACUGCCAGCCGAUGGCCAGCACCGCCGCCAUCACCAGCGCGAAGAACACCCAGCCAAAGAUGAUAUGA